GGCUAUGAUCAUCUGUGCUCACUCUUGUGCGCCCGGCCUAGAUCUCUCCUUGUUUCCUCCGCUACCCAGUAUCUCUUUCUGGCUGCUCGGGGUGGUGCUCCUCUUCGUUCUUCAACCCACCCUACGGAGUUCUGGUGGCAGCUCUUCUCGUUUCCUUCAUGCCUUCCCUCUGCCACGACCAAACUGAAAAUCAUGUGAAGGCAACCAGCUAUCUCAUCAGAGGUCCACAACGAAGACCUCCGUGUGGAUGGCCGUAGCUGUGAGGACUACCGAAGCGUUGAGGUGGAGACCGACGUGGUAUCCAACACCAGCGGGUCUGCCAGGGUCAAGCUGGGCCACACGGACAUCCUGGUGGGGGUGAAAGCGGAGAUGGGAACGCCAAAGCUGGAGAAGCCAGAGGAAGGCUACCUGGAGUUCUUUGUUGACUGCUCAGCCAAUGCCACCCCUGAAUUCGAAGGCCGCGGAGGCGACGACCUGGGCACAGAGAUUGCCAAUACCCUCUACCGGAUAUUCAACAACAGGAGCAGCGUGGACCUGAAAUCCCUGUGCAUCAGCCCCCGGGAGCAUUGCUGGGUCCUCUAUGUGGACGUGCUGCUGCUGGAGUGCGGUGGGAACUUGUUCGAUGCCAUCUCGGUCGCUGUGAAGGCUGCGCUGUUCAACACGAGGAUCCCAAAGGUUCGCGUACUGGAGGACGAGGAGGGUGCGAAGGACAUUGAGCUGUCCGACGACCCUUAUGACUGCAUGCAGCUCAGUGUGGAGAAUGUGCCCUGCAUCGUCACCCUGUGCAAGAUCGGCUGCCGGCAUGUGGUGGAUGCUACCCUCCAGGAGGAGGCCUGCUCCCUAGCCAGCCUGCUGGUGUCGGUCACCAGUGAGGGGGUGGUGACGUGCGUGAGGAAGGUGGGGAAGGGCAGCCUGGACCCCGAAAGCAUCUUCGAGAUGAUGGAGACCGGCAAGCGCGUGGGCAAGGUGCUGCAUGCCUCACUGAGGGACGUGCUGCGCAAGGAGGAGAGCCUGGGGCCCACACGGCCGAAGGUGGGCUUCCUGGGAUGACCAGCGCCCAUCCUCUGUGGUGGCCUCUUCAUUCCCUUCCUCUCCUUCUGGAGAUAGGGUCUCGAGCUGUGUCCUCCAGGCUGGUCUCGAACUCCUGGACUCCUGCCCGUCUCCCCCAUGGGUUGCUGGCACGAGAAGUGUGUGCACCGCACCCCACUUUCCUUUUCCUCAGGAACUGCUUUGUAUAUAUUUUCUUAGUGUGAAUCUGAAAUUAAAGUCUGUUUUCUGGC